GUUCAUGGAAUUCAACACGGAUGGAAUUUCCAUUAGAUAUCAGCUAUGUAUCACAUGUUUUGACAUUAACAUAUGAAUGCUUUCAAGAUAAUCAAGAAGACAAGAGAUCGGGACGGUUACUGCGUAAACCAUGGAGAAGGGGCUUACUUUAGUGUACUUCAAUACACAGACAACUGGAUAUUGUAAGUCAAGCUUGUCCUUGUAUGAGCCAUCGAUUUGCGAGCUGGCAGCCGAGGUUGAUGCGAAGGGUUAUCAACCGUUCCAUAAGUACAUUUUACCAACAAAGCCAGUUGAGCCCCAAGCAACAGCUAAAAACCACUUUCAACGGUCACCUGACGGUACACAGCUGUUGUUAAAAGGAGAAGUAGUGAAUGCUUGUACUUUGAAGGAUGCUUUGAAAGAGUUUGUAAAAUGGCUGCAAGGAAUCAAUAAUCCGGUGCUUGUCGAUCAUAAAAUAUCUUACCAUAUUAAAGCCUUAAACCGAGCGUUUGCAGACUUUCCAAUAUUAGGGCGACAAUACGAAGAAGCUGUGAAGGGAACAGUGGAUACACUUGAGUUGUUUAAAAUGAUUUACCCACCCGGAACAUCUCUGACAAGAGAAGCAUUGGUAGCGAGGAUCCUGGGAGAAGAUUUCUCAUACGAGAAAUACACUGCUCAGGAUCACGUGGGAGUGUUACGAAAAGUAAUUAAAAGGAAGGGAGUAACAAAAGCCGCUAUCCUCAAGCUUAUGGAAUUAAAACCAGACACCCCCAGAAACCCCAUGGCGGGCAACUGGCUUCCAGAGGACAUGGUUGGUGUUGAUUCCACGCGCAGAAUUGUGAAAAGGAAGCGAAAGAGCAAGGAGGAGAUAGGAAAAACAAGGGAAGAAAUAAAGAGAAAAAAGCGGGAAUCUGGUGAAGAUUCAUACAACACGUUAAAACCCAAAAAGCCCUGCUCACCAUUAGAGCGUAUGAGUAGUGCUGAUACACCUCAAUGGAGUAUGAAACUGGAACGAAAGAAACAGAAAAGAUUGCAAAGGAUAAAAAAAGAAAAGAAGAGAAAAAAGCAGAAAAAAGAAAAAGACGAUCCCGGAAACUCCAAUGAUGAUGUUGAUUCCCCUCAAAGAAGUGCGAAAAAGAAACGAACGAAGCAGGAUCGGAUUGGAAAAGAGAUAGGAAAAGGCGGAACACUAACCAAGCAAACACUAUAUCUCGAAAGCAGCGUGCCUGGGUACCUGUAGUGCUGGUUCCCCUUGAAAAGAGUGUACAUACAGACGAAAAGCCAAAACCAGAGGGAGAUUUUAAAAUAUGGGAAGGAACGAAAUGAAGAUUAAAAAGAGUUUCCAAUAUCCAGUAUGGUCCUCGAAUUAUGAAAAAUACUAACGCCUAGAAGUUAAACUCAACCACCCUGCUCGCAAUGCUUGUUUAGCACAAAGUUUUGUAUUUAGUAAUGAUAUAACAUUUUAUUUACCACAAUUGCUCCUAGAUGAUGAACUGAAUAGAGACCAGUGACAUAAACGAUGAAUAUUAAUAUGUGUUACGCCAAUGCCAUUAUUUUAUUUUUCUCUGAGUAAUUUUCCCUUUUCAUUUUGGACACUCUUGCAUUCUAUGUAGCUGUUUUGGAGUUUAAUCUCCUUUUCUCGGAGGUAAAAUGGUGAACAGUA